AUUUUGACAGAGAAGCCACACUUGGCAGGAACUCCCCAGGACAAGGAACAAGCAGAUUGGGUCAGCUCACAAUGGAAGCUUUUUGGAUUGGAUUCAGUCAAAACCAUUCCCUACAAUGUUCUCCUUUCUUAUCCAAGGAUGGACAAGCCAAACAAGAUCCACGUGAUAGAUUCCAGUGGCUCUGAAAUCUACUCAACCAAGGGCAGACAAGACCCAUUGUGGGCAGAAGAAGAAAGUUCGCCGCUGGUGAGGCCCAACUUCAACGCCUACUCCCAGCCUGGGUCGCCUCAGGGUGACCUCGUCUACGCCAACUACGGUCGCAGGGAAGACUAUGAUAAACUCAAAGAACUGGGCAUCUCCACCGAGGGCAAAAUCCUGCUGGUCAAGUACGGAAAGAUCUUCAGAGGCAACAUCGUGUCAUUUGCUGAGGAAUUUGGGGCAAUAGGAGUGGUGUGUUUCUCUGACCCAGCUGACCUGGCUAUGCAAGGUCGGGACUUUGUGUACCCAUUCUCUGUUUGGAUGCCAGGAAUGGCAGUGGAGAGUGGCACAGCACAGUUCGCUGAGCAGAAUGGAGCAGUUGGUGUAGUGUUGUUCAGUGACCCAAAGGACUUUGCCAAGCAGGGCAGGGAGUUGGUGUAUCCAAGGACAGUGUUUAUGCCAGGGAUGGCUGUGCAGUCUGGUACUGUUUGGCUGGCUGAUGGGGAUCCCAUCACCCCCUUUUAUCCAUCCAUUGAAAGCGCAUUCAGAGAAGACCAAGACAAGGUGGGACUGCCCAAGAUCCCAGUGCAGCCCAUUGGUUAUGAUGAAGCAGAGGAAUUGCUCAAGCGGAUGACAGGUCCUGAUGCGCCCUCAGAUUGGCAAGGAGACCUCUCAGUGACCUACAAACUAGGUCCUGGAUUUUCCAACAAUGAAAAGAUCAAGAUGGAGGUUUACACAGAAAACACAAUGGCCACCACUUACAAUGUUGUGGGGAUCUUGAGAGGAUCUGUGGAACCAGACAGAUAUGUAGUCCUUGGGAACCACAGGGAUGCUUGGAUCUUGGGCUCUGUGGAUCCUUCCAGUGGAACAGCAGCCAUGUUGGAACUUGCAAGAGCUUUUGGGAAACUCAAAGAAGACCAGGGAUGGAGGCCAAGAAGGUCCAUUGUUUUCUGCAGUUGGGGAGCAGAAGAAUAUGGACUUAUUGGGUCUGUGGAGUGGACAGAGGAAAAUGCCAAAAUGUUGUCAAGUGGAGGAGUGGUUUAUCUGAAUGUAGACAUGGCUCUUGAUGGAAACUUUUCAAUGCGUGCCCUGGGGGCUCCUAUAGCCUACCAAAGCAUAUUUGAUGCUGCCAAAAUUGUGCCAAAUCCAAAUCCUGAAGAAAUCAGUGCAGGGAGGUCAACAGUUUUUGACACCUGGUUGCACAACAAUCCAUCUGACUAUGACCCCAAUUUGCCAAGGGUGAGGAGUGUUGGCUCUGGGAGUGACUACAAGGGGUUCAUGCACAACCUGGGGAUCCCCUCAGUGGAUGUCAGAUACUCAUAUGCAGCUGACAUAGGGUCAUAUCCCUUGUACCACACCUUGUAUGAAUCCUUCAACCUGGUGGAUUUGCUGAUGGACCAAGGAUUUCACUACAGCAAAGCAGUGACACAAGUCUGGGGAGAAUUGGCCAGGUCCUUUGCAGACUCUGCCGUCAUUCCCUUCAAGGUUCAAGACUAUGCAAGGCUCAUGGGCCAGCGAUUUAAUGAACUUCUCGCCGAGCAAAGUACCCGCGCAACUCAGCUCGUAGAAGGGCUUCAGUCGAACCCCAAAGGGUUCUCUGGUUCGAUCCAAGAACCCCUUCACCGUUGCCGCAUUCCGAGGGUUGAU